AAACCCGCCGAUUACGAACGUAAGGAUGGAGCCCGGGACCAAGAGGCUGACCUGGGAUCUCCACGGCAACGUCUCCGGCAUCAAAUGCACCGAAGGUCCCAGUUCCGACCUAAAGGCCAAACACAACCUUUUCUGCCAGUUCUAUGUGCUCCCCAAAUGCACGCGGACGAACUACACGAUCAAAGUCGCCGUGGUCGACGGUGAGCCAUACUCCACGUGGAUUGAGUAUCCCAAGCAAGAAGGGAACCCGGGGGCAGCUGCUGAGGGCCUGGCCUGCGAGGUUCAUGACAAGGACGCCCUGACCUGCAGGUGGGCGGUGGGCCGGGCGGCCCCCAGCGAUGUCCAGUAUUAUUUCUACUUGGAGGACACCAGCUCCGAUCAGAUGUGGGCGUGUCCCAGGUACACGAUGAAGGAGGGCAAACACAUCGAGUGUCGGUUUGACGUCUCUGCCUUUUACAACCGGAGACAAGACCCGUUCUACCGGUUCUGGGUGACGGGCACCAGCCACCGGGAGGCCAUUCCCUGCUCUGAAUUAUUCUCCAAUUUGCGCAAGAUCGAGAAGUUGAUCGCACCCAACAUCAGUGCCACGUGCAAUACGUCUCUCGCGCUCCUGCAGUGGGACAUGUCCAGCCACCUCCACCGUCUGUUUGACUACGACCUCGAAAUACAACAGGUCAACCCUUCCGUCCUUUGAAAAUGU